ACGACUUGUGCACUUCUUAUUCUUCUUCUUACCACAACCUGAGGUCCUCGUGCAAGUACAAGGAAAUUCACAACUCUUACAUCAUUUUUGUUAUCCAAGUUUGAGUCUGGCCUAGUGCGUUGUGAAAGUUGAAAAUGUCUCAGUUCAGCUUGAACGACUUGUUGGGCCGUCUUGGCAAGACCCCGAAAGGCGUGAAUACCGGUGUCACGCUACUUUGCAUGGCCGGAGCGUCUGCCUAUGGAAUCAGCCAGUCAAUGUACACCGUGGAAGGUGGUCACAGAGCUAUCAUCUUUAGCAGAUUGAGUGGAAUUCAACAGGAAGUUCAUGCUGAGGGUCUUCACUUUAGGGUCCCAUGGUUCCACUACCCAAUUAUUUAUGACAUUAGGUCGCGGCCUAGAAAAAUCUCAUCACCAACUGGCUCCAAGGAUUUACAGAUGGUCAAUAUUUCUCUGAGAGUUUUGUCUAGACCUGAUGCAGCAACAUUGCCAGUUAUGUACCGUCAACUUGGUUUGGACUACGAUGAGAAAGUUUUGCCAUCAAUCUGUAAUGAAGUUCUCAAAUCUGUAGUAGCCAAGUUUAAUGCUUCUCAGCUCAUCACUCAAAGACAGCAGGUAUCCCUGCUGGUCAGGAGAGAGCUUGUAGAGCGGGCCAAGGAUUUCAACAUCAUUUUGGAUGAUGUGUCUAUCACAGAACUGAGCUUUGGCAAGGAGUACACAGCAGCUGUUGAAUCUAAACAGGUUGCUCAACAAGAAGCCCAGAGAGCAGCGUUCGUUGUGGAGCGUGCUGUGCAAGAAAAGCAACAGAAGAUUGUUCAGGCUGAGGGAGAAGCUGAAGCUGCUAAAAUGUUGGGCCAGGCCAUUGGUAUGAAUCCAGGUUUCCUGAAACUUCGCAAAAUCCGUGCAGCCCAAACCAUUUCCAAGACGAUUGCCAACUCUCAAAACAAGGUGUUCCUGAGUGGUUCUAGCUUGAUGCUAAACAUUGGUGACCCUGCCUUUGAUGAUGCUAGUGAGAAGUUGCUGAAAACUCAUGGAGGAUUGUCAUCAGGUAACAGCAGACCUUUUUAAUUUUUACUAAACCGUUUCAAAGAUAAAUUAUUGGUAGACUGUAUACACCAUAGAUCACUUACUCCUAGUGCUUCUAAUUUUCAUCUUUUCGAUUUGCAGUCUCUGCAUGAGGGGCACAUGUAGUCCUUCAAUAGGUGAUUCACUCACUCCUAUUUCAGAGUCCCCAAUGUGUACAAAUGUAGACUGAGACCUUUCUGGCACCUUCAUUACCCAACCUUGUAUGGUUUGCUGUUUAGACUAACAAUCAUUUCAAUCAGAAUUCUUUCCUGAUGGUUAAUUUCGAUGUAGAGGGUCUCCAUUAAAUAAAUUAUAAAUUAUUUCAUCAAGAAAAGUAAAUCAAUUAAGUAAGUUA